AAACUAAGCAGAGGGCAAAAGCUCGAACAAGGACUUGCAUGAGCACGAUAUUCGAUUCGUAGAGCAGCUUCGAAGCUAAAUCUCUCAGCAACGACACUCGAAGACGGCGACGAUUUUGUCCCCUCCGGAGUAGUCUACCGCAACCCCGGUGCAUUUUAUCAGAGCCACAAAGAGAUGGUGAAGAGAUUUAGGGUUUGGGCAUACAAGGAAGGAAAGCCACCCAUUCUUCACUACGGGUCAAUGAAGGACAUAUACUCAAUUGAAGGUCAUUUCAUCGAUGAAUUGGAAAGUGGAAAAAGUUUAUUUAUAGCAAGGGAGCCUGAAGAGGCCACUGCUUUUUUUCUUUCGCUAAGCAUUGUCAAUAUCAUCCAAUACAUCUACAGGCCUUGCACCAAUUAUUCGCACGAACGUCUACAGAACGUUGUCAACUACAUUCACAUUAUAUCAAAGAAAUACACAUAUUGGAAGAGAAGCAGCGGGGCUGACCAUUUUAUGGUUUCUUGUCAUGAUUGGGCACCAGAAGUCUCAGCAAAUGACCCUGAGCCCCCAAACGUUCUAUGUAAUGCCAACACUUCGGAAGGCUUCCAAUUUGUGAGAGACGUCUCCUUUCCUGAAGUUCAUUUACUUAAUGAAAAUUUGGAUAUCCCAAGAUUAGGCCAGCCCCCAAACAAACGUUCAAUCUUUGCCUUCUUUGCUGGUGGAGAUCAUGGGCAUGUAAGGAAGAUAUUGUUUAGGCACUGGAAAAACAAAGACACAGCUAUUCAAGUGCAUGACUAUCUUCCACAAACAGCAAAUUACUCGGAGCUAAUGGGUGAAAGCAAGUUUUGCUUGUGCCCUAGAGUGGUGGAGUCCAUACAUGCAGGAUGCGUCCCGGUUAUCAUAUCCGAUAAUUAUGUGCUACCAUUCAGUGACGUUCUUGAUUGGAGUCGAUUUUCGGUUCAUAUUCCCAUUGCAAAGAUACCCGAAAUUAAGAAAGUCUUGCAAGCAAUUUCAGAGGAAGAGUAUUUAGCAAAGCAAAAGCAUGUAAUUGAGGUGCAAAGACAUUUUGUGCUUAAUAGACCAGCUAAGCCAUAUGAUUUAAUGCACAUGGUGCUGCAUUCUGUAUGGCGUAGGAGGCUUAACAUAAGGCUCCCCUUGUGA